AUGGCUUACACAAUUCGAUCAUCUCGGAUAACUCGUAAGCUUUAUUUACAUAUAUAUCUUCGUCUCUUCUGUCUACUUGUUCUACACAUUCGCUGGAUCCACAUCCAAGAAGAAGUACUCGGCCAGAACAAGCUCCGAGGCCCGAGCCCACCUCUUCUUCUCCUCCCCGCCUCUCCAAGCCUCAAUGUCCUCAUCCUCGCCGCCAAUGGCGGGCUAUCCGGCGAGCUCCCGCCGGGGACCUCCGCCCAGCUCCUCCACCUCGACCUCAACGGCAAUUCCCUCACCGGCGCCCUCCCGCCGCUUCCCUCCACCCUCCGCUACCUCUCCGCCUCCGCCAACGCCCUGUCGGGUCCGCUCGACGCCGCCUUCGCCGCCCCGCUCCCAGACCUCGCUUUCCUCGUCCUCUCCAUGAACGCCUUCACCGGCCGCGUCCCCCCGGCGAUCUUCGCCCUCCCCCGCCUCUCCUCCCUCCUCAUCCAGCGCAACAAUCUCUCCGGGCCCCUCGCCGUCCCUGCCGGCGGAGAGGCGCCGCCGUUGUGGGCGGUGGUGGAUCUGAGCCACAACAUGUUAUCCGGGGAGGUUCCGGCGGCGCUGGCGGCGGCGGGGAGCCUGUACCUGAACAACAACCGGCUGACAGGAGCGGUGCCCGAGGAGGUGGCGAGGAGCGUGUGCAGGGGGAGCAUGACCACCCUCUACGCCCAGCACAACUACCUCACCUCCUUCCCCAAGCCGCCUCUUCCCCUGCCGGACUCCGUCGCCCUCUGCCUCACCUACAACUGCAUGUCCCUCCCCGAUCCCCUCAAUCCUAAGUAAUACUAUAAAUGACAAGCUUUAACAGCUAAAAUUAUACUAGCAUAGGAUGACUUUUUAUAUUAAAAUAAUUUUGUUUUGAGAAUAAAUCUAUAUUAAUUUCUAUUUUUUGAUCCAACUUUGAUCAUAGAAGCUUAGUUUUAAAAGUGGAUGAGUGAAACAACUAAUUGAAGAAGGUAAAUUAUAGACCUUUUAUUUGAGUACAAUUCUAGAAAAGAUAUACAUUUUUUGUGGCAUGGUCUUAUUUAAGUGUUUUGGGUGGGAUAAGCAAGGGUACAAAUGGUUGCUCAUGGGGGUUUCACUGUUCUAUGACUUUUGCAAGGCACCGGCAUAAAUUACUCCAACAGUGGGUGGCAUAAGUUGGCAACUUUUCAAGCUCAUUAUUCCAAUAACCAAACCACAUGAAUUACUCCAACAGUGUAAGACCAUCGUGCCCGACAGGACUUUAUUAUGGAUAUUCCAUAACUUCGGCCCACAUCAUGGAUAGACACGGAUUAUUCCAUCUUUCCCGGCCAAUCAAUCCAACCUUCAAUACCUGCCAUCAUCUUCCCCACUUGCGCUAGCCCGAUGGGCUUGAUCUGGAAUUGCAAGUCUAUUCUAUAAUUUCAGAUGAGAAUUAUCCUUUUAUUUUUCUUAUGUGAGUGCCCAAUUAGGCUGCCCGUUAGUAAGCAAACCAAAGGAAAGAAGACAUCUAAUCACAAAUCAGAACUUACAUCGUUCCCACCAAAAGACUUGCCUAGUGUUCUAAGAAACUUCAGUACUUAGGCUAUCGUGUCCAUUAACAAGACAAUAUGAUUUAAAUCUCAAGAGGUGAAAUGAAAAAAUAA